UACUACACUACUUUGACAGAAGAACUUGUGCUCCAUCAAAUCGCACAUUGUUUUCUGUUUUGAUUCGGCACACCGUACAUAUUCAAAGGCUAUCCCAAACGUGUAUGCCUUCCACAGUUCAAUUCAAUUCGACAUUCGCUGAAAGUAUUUGAAAAUGGGAAAAUCAAAUACGGAGGAUGGACUGCAAGGCUUUGGCCAUCCGGCCGACCAUCACGAUGACGAUGUCAAUCAUGGACGAUUCACCAAAAAGCCCAGAGGCAAGAAAAACAGCGGCGGUUUCCAGGCAAUGGGCUUGAGCUUUGAUGUGCUCAAAGGCAUUACGCGACGAGGAUACAAAAUUCCGACACCCAUUCAACGGAAGACAAUUCCGUUAAUUCUGGAAGGUCGCGAUGUGGUUGCCAUGGCCAAAACGGGUUCCGGUAAAACCGCUUGCUUUCUCAUUCCACUGUUCGAGAAACUGAAGAGUCGUAACGCAUCCACCGGUGCAAGAGCAUUGAUCCUGUCGCCGACCAGGGAGCUUGCCAUUCAAACAUUCAAAUUCUUCAAAGAUCUGGGAAAGUUCAUGGACCUGAAAGUGGCGCUGGUGCUCGGUGGCGAUCCGAUGAGUGCACAGUUUUCGGCCAUUCAUACAUCGCCCGAUGUAAUCGUGGCAACGCCCGGACGAUUCUUGCAUUUGUGCGUGGAAAUGGACUUGAAGCUCAAUUCGAUUGAGUAUGUCGUCUUCGACGAGGCUGAUCGUUUGUUCGAAAUGGGUUUCGGCGAGCAAUUGAACGAAACGUUGAAUCGUCUGCCCGACUCCAAGCAAAUGGUCAUGUUCUCUGCCACACUACCCAAACUGUUGGUGGAUUUCGCUCGGGCCGGACUUGGCGAUCCAGUUUUGAUUCGUUUGGACGUCGAGUCCAAACUGCCGGAUGGAUUGACACUGAAAUUCGUACAUUGUCGACCGGACGAGAGAUAUUCGGCAUUGGUGUCGCUGCUGAAGUACGUUAUACCGAGCGAAGCUCAGACCGUAGUCUUUGCAGGCACUCAGCAUCACGUCGAGCUGAUUUCAUACCUGCUGACCGAGGCCAACAUUAGCAACACCCUCAUCUAUUCCACAAUGGAUCCAUCGGCUCGUAAGAUCAACUCGGCCAAGUUCCAGUACAAAAAAGUGUCCGUUCUCAUUGUAACGGAUGUGGCCGCUCGUGGUAUUGACAUACCGAGUCUGGACUAUGUCGUCAACGUUCACUUCCCCGGCAAACCGAAGUUAUUCGUUCAUCGAGUGGGUCGUUGUGCGAGGGCUGGUCGUCAGGGCACAGCUUAUUCGAUAUUCUCAACGGACGACGAGGCGCAUUUGCUGGACUUGCAUUUGUUCCUGAAUCGACCGUUCAACAUAAAUGAUCGGUCGUCAAUUGGAAUCGUACCGCAAGACAUUUUGGAAGAGGAACACUCACUGGUCAUGGGCUUCCUAGCCAAUCAGCAUAUUGCUGGAGUCCUCCGUACCAGCACGAAUGCGUACAAAAAAUAUCUGAGCACCAGACCGGCAGCAUCGGUGGAUGCAAACAAACGAGUGAAGAACAUUCGAUUCUUUGCGCUGCUGUCGCUGGAAGACUUCCAAGAGAUCACCGGUAAUACGAAAGGCAAUCCAUUCGAUGGGGACGAGAAAAAGUUCGAUGUGAAGGGUGACCUGAUAGCUAAAAUGAAGCGAUAUCGACCGUCUGGGACGGUGUUCGAACUGAAUCCGCAACAAAAGUCCAUUCAAUUCGAAAUCAUGAAAAACAAACGUGCCGCCCAUGCCGACAUCAUCGAACGCUUCCAGAAGAAGAGCCUCGAAAUCGAACUGGAAAACGAAUCGAAUUUCCUGACCACAACAGCGAACCCAUUGCCCGCACCAUCCGACAACGACAUUAAGUCAUCGUUCGACCAAGUGAUCACAUCGAAGAAACGCGCCAACACGGACAGUUUGUACGACCGGAAAAAGGUGAAGAAAAUCAAGCGAUCCGCUCGGCCGCCGGUCAAGGACGAAAAUUACAUUCCGUACGAGUCGUCGGAUAAGCACACCGAAGACGGUCUGGCGAUAAAUUCGUUCGAACAGCAAGCACAGAAAGCCGAAUUCAGCUUGACGGAUAAGGCGGAGGAAGUGAAAUUCAAACCGGGCGCCAAGAAGUGGUGUCGCAUUCGAAAGAAAAUGGUUCCGGUGCAAGAUCCACGCGCUGGUAAAAUUCGUACCGAGUCUGGUAUUUGGAUACCGGCGACAUACAAAACGGGACGUUAUGCUGAUUGGAAGGAGAAGACAAAGAUCGAAGAGCAGGUGCACAAGGAGUUCGAAGACGAUGAAAGCUUUACUCCGGCCGCAACACAUCCGUCAACUCGAUGGGGACGGCAUAUGGCCAAGCAGGAUUUGAAGAAACGGUUGAACAACAAGGACAAGGAAUUGAAGAAUCCGGAACAGAUUGUGCGUCAACGGAUGCGUUUGGAGCACAUCAAGCGAAAAGAGACGAUAAACAAAGUGAAAAAAGAUGCCAACAGGAAGAAGCAUGCAAAACAGCAGAAGAGUCGUUCGAAGAAGUGAUUUAACGUUGACCGUGAAAUUUGUAGCUUUUGUUUCGGGGAGAGAAAAUAAACGGAAAAGGAAGUGGAGUUUGGAUUUU